AUGAAUAUAAUGUCUAUAUUCAUGGGCACAGUGUAUAUCGGUGUGUUCUACAUAUUACUACACGCGUGGAUUCAACACAAACAUAAAACGGUAAUGUACACACAUAAAGGUGUGAAUCUAUCGAAAGUGAUUGUACAUAUAGACUUGAAAGGAUCGCCACCUAAAUUGGAAUAUCUGACGUCACUACUCCCAUUGUUAAAGGAUGUUGGUGCAAACGGUUUACUAAUGGAAUACGAAGAUAUGUUCCCGUACAAAGGGGAUAUUGUUAACUUAAGUUCGAAAUAUUGCUACAAGGAACAUGAGCUUAAAGAUUUCAUCAAGAUUGCUUGGAAGUCAGGUUUAGAGAUCAUACCAUUAAUACAAACUUUUGGUCAUAUGGAGCAUGCAUUGAAAUUGCAAGAAUUUAAACAUUUACGUGAAAUUCCAAUCUACCCCGACUCCAUCUGUCCCAGCAAACCAGAGAGCAUGGAUCUAGUUAAAAACAUGUUACAACAGGUUAUUCAAUUCCAUACCAGUGUGAUACCAUUGAAUCAUUUACAUAUCGGUUGUGAUGAAGUUUAUCACAUAAAUAAAUGCGCACAAUGCCGUAGUCGGAGAGCAAAAGAAAUUUUCAGAGACAUUUACAUGAGUCAUUUAGUAAGCGUAACUGAUAUAGUGAAACUCUACAGUCCAAAUGUGACAGUGUUAUUUUGGGACGACAUGCUUCGUGGUAUCGACUCUAAAUACUGGAAUACUGUGAAGAGUAUGAGUGAUGUUGAACCAGUAUGUUGGGAUUAUUCAACAAGGUUACACGUAUCACAUAGAAAUUUAUACAACUAUCAUAAGAAAUUCAAUAACAUAUGGAUAGCUUCAGCGUAUAAAGGUGCAGAAGGAGUGACUGCUACUUUACCGGAUUUAUACAGUCGUUUUAUGAACCAUUUAGAAUGGUUAAGAUUUAUAUUUGAUUACAAAUUCGGAGGUGAAAGGAAACCAUACAGUUUUAAAGGUAUAAUUCUAACAGGAUGGUCAAGAUAUAGCCAUAUGGAACCAUUAUGUGAACUGCUACCCGCUUCUAUACCAAGUCUAGUAAUGAAUUUGUUACUUGUCAAACAUUUUCAAAAAGAAACAAUUGACGAUGUAUACUCACUUAAACCAGCAGAAGUCUUCCGUAGAUAUGUACGAGAUGAUUUUAAAAAAUAUUUCAAUUGUGAAUAUGCAGAAUUUAAAGAAUUCGAUAGUCACGCAUGUAAAUACAGAGAAAGUAAAUUAUAUGGUGAUUUAGAAUAUUUUGUCUAUCAAAAUGAUGAUAUUAUUAAUAACAUAAAUGAUAAUAAAAAAGGAUUACAUUCAAUAGCGUAUUAUAAUAAAAUAGAUCAUAUUAAUAUGAAUUCGAUUAAACCGAAUAUAAUUUGGUUGAAUCAAAGUCUACAAGAUUUUAUUACAACAGAAACUAAGAUAUCAAAAUCGAUGUUAGAAUAUCAUAACGCGUUUGUCGUAGUCGAAUACGUUCAUUACAAAUUCUACAACGAAAAGAAGAGAGUUAAAAGUUUGUUAAAAAUAUUAAAGGAUUAUUAUAAAAUCCACACUUGGCACAGGAAAUCUUAUAAAUACUUAUUGAAUUAA